AUGGGAAAGGGUCGUGACAAGAAGAAGUACAAGAAGAAAGGCAAAAAGCGGACCAGUGAGGAGGCUGGCAUCCAACAGCACCAGCUAGACGAGGAGGAGGAGAAGAUCCGCGAACUGGCAACAUCUCAUCCAGAUCUCUUCAAGCAGAUUUUGGAGGAUAUGCGUACGGAGCAGGGGGCUGACUCGAAUGAGGAGAAGACUGAGGAUGAACGUACCCCUCCACCGAAAAAGAAGUCGAAGAAAAAGAAAUCUAAGUCGCUCGGAGAAGGAAAGCCUGAUUUCAAAAUGAUCAAGGGCAUGUCAGACAACGCUGGAAAUAUCUAUCACGACGCCCCUGGAUCCAUCUACACCAGAGAUGAAUAUCGCUACUUUUGGUGCGAACUGCCGUUUACGAUUCCUCCAAUUCCGUCCAAACCUAUGAAGCCGGAACUUAUCGAUGUUGUUUCCUCUGAGAUUGUUGGUGUGGUGAACUCGAAUGCGAGUCCGAUUGAGGAUUCCAAAACAAAACAAAUUUGCGCCAGCCAGUUGGUCCGUAUCCGGGCCAAGUCCAAUGGCCAAGGGUAUGAUUUCGUUCUAGCCCAAUCGAGAAAAAUCGUGAGCAGUGAGCACGUCAUUCUCGGGGGCAACUGGACUAAAUCCAGUGUUAGUGAUCUCGCAAAGGCCAUAUGGGACAACUACACUGAAGACAAGGUCCGCCGCAAGAAAGACUACGAUACGCAGUUCAAUGCUUGGUUGAAGGAGAUGCGUGGGUGGGAAUGGGAGAUGUUCCUACUGGCCCAGAAGCACGCCGAAGCCAUCACAUGGUCCCCCAAUGCGAAUAAGGCAAAAAUCUUGGCCGCUUCCUUCAAGGAAGAAGUGCUUUUGCCUGCUGGAGAGGAGAUUGAACGACAUCCCGGUCACUUUUAUGCUUCGACGACCGACAAGAACCGUUCGUGGGCUCACCACCCAAGGCACGAGUUCUGA